CAAACAAACAAAGUUAUCUUCUUAAGUUGUUAACAAAUAAAAUGCAGUGCCCUGUGCCCUGUGCCCAAAUAUUUAUAAUUUUAUACCUGAUUCCUUCCUGAACCUCAGAACCUGAUACGGUGAGGUGAGCAGUUGAGACUUGAGAGAGGCGGAGAGCAGAGAAUCAGAGAGAGGCUGAGGCGGUUCAGCUGGAGACUGGAGAGUAGAGAGAAAGAGAAAUCUUUGGGACAAUGAAUUUUCUUCUGCGGCCUACUCAAAAUGCAGCUGCAGAACAGCCAUCUAUUCAUGAAUCUGCUUCAGACACGCUUUAUAAGCCAAAACCUGGAACAACUUUGGAGGGUCUUAUAGCUGAAGAUCCAAAUCCAGAGUAUUCCCCAGUUGAAGAUCAUUAUGGAGAGACUGUUGGUGUUGAAAGUGAAAAUGGCAAUGUUGGAGGUCCAUGUGCUAAGGACGAGUCCCCUGCUCUCAUGGAGCACUCUGAUGUUUCUGAAGAAGAAGGAUGGAUUACCAUUCCAUAUAAGGAACUCCCUGACAGUUGGAGUGAUGCCCCAGAUAUUCACUCAUUACACUCAAUGGACCGCUCCUUUGUUUUUCCAGGUGAACAAGUUCAUAUCUUGGCAUGCUUGUCAGCAUAUAAGCAGGAUACAGAAAUUCUUACUCCAUUUAAAGUUGCUGCUGUAAUGAGUAAGAAUGGUAAAGGGCAAAGCCCCCAUAAACAAAAUGGAAACACAAAAGGUGGAAUGAAUUCAGUGUCAGGAACAGGGGAAAAUCCUGAUGGUCAGGAUAUGAAUCAGAAUGGUGAAAGGCUAUCGAAAGAGAAGAUUGAUCCUGUAAAGGAUGUUUCUGUUAGUGAAUCUCUUCUACGAAUGGAAGACCACAAAAGGCAGACACAGAUAUUAUUGCAAAAGUUUGAGAACUCCCAUUUUUUUGUUAGGAUUGCAGAGUCAGAUGAAUCACUGUGGUCGAUAAGAAGUUCUUCUGAGAAGUCUUCAGAAUCUUUGGACAUAAAUGGUCUAGAUUCUACUGCAAAAAGCAUCUCUCAUCCUAAUGCAGUUAUCGAUAGAGGGAAUUUCAAUGCCAAUAUCGCUGGAGGAGUGGCAAGAAAUUGUAUUAAGUGUUGCUCCCUUUCUAAUGGAGACCUAGUGGUGUGUUUACAGGUGAAUGUUGGUGUUGAUUUUUUGAGAGACCCUGUCAUUGAAAUUCUUCAAUUUGAGAAAUAUCAGAGCAGAAAUUUGUCUUUUGAAAGCCAGGACAAUUCGGUUUUUGCAAAUCAGGACCCAUGUGGAGAACUGUUAAAAUGGUUGCUUCCCUUGGAUAACACUCUCCCUCCAUCUCGUCCUUUAUCUCCUACUCUAAGCUCUAGUUCAGGAAUUAGUAGCUCAAUUCAAAGGUCCGCUCCUUCUUCCUCAUCUGGCUCUGGCUCUCAACUAUUUUCUUUUAGCCACUUUAGAAGCUACUCCAUGUCAUCUCUUCCUCAAAAUACUGCACCACCCCCUGGACCUGUUAAAGUCACCAGUUCUAAGCCAAGCUUUGAUCUUGAUGAUUGGGAUCAAUUCUCAUCUCAGAAGCCUUUGAAGAGUAAAAAAGUUGGGAGUGAAGAGCUUUUAUCUUUCCGAGGUGUGACUUUGGAGCGAGAACGGUUUUCUGUUCGUUGUGGACUGGAAGGCAUCUAUAUACCAGGUAGAAGGUGGAGAAGAAAACUUGAAAUUAUUCAACCUGUAGAAAUCCAUUCUUUUGCUGCUGACUGCAAUACAGAUGACCUUAUUUGCGUCCAAGUAAAGAACAUUUCUCCUGCGCAUACGCCAGAUAUUUUGGUAUACAUAGAUGCUAUAACAAUUGUUUUUGAGGAGGCUUCAAAAGAUGGAUUACCCUCGUCAUUACCAAUCGCGUGUAUUGAAGCUGGCAAUGAACACAGUUUGCCAAACCUAGCCCUCAGGAGGGGAGAGGAGCAUUCUUUUAUUCUUAAACCUGCAACUUCUAUGUGGAAGAAACUCAAAGCUCAUGGUGAAAGAAGUUCCCAGUCAUCACAAUUACGAGCUGGAAAUGCUGCAUCUAGUUUGCGUGUUCUCCCCAAGACUGUUGAAGGAAAGAGGAGUGCUUCAACUACUGAUCAGUAUGCAAUUAUGGUUUCAUGUCGGUGCAACUACACUGAGUCAAGAUUGUUUUUCAAACAGCCAACAAAUUGGCGACCACGUAUGUCAAGGGAUCUUAUGAUCUCUGUUGCAUCUGAAAUUUCAGGACAGUCUCCUGGUCCCAAUGAAGGGGUCUCCCAGCUUCCUGUUCAGGUCCUAACUCUUCAGGCUUCAAAUUUGACCUCUGAAGAUCUUACUUUGACAGUUCUUGCUCCAGCCUCAUUUACUUCACCUCCGACUGUGGUGUCCUUAAAUUCUUCACCAUCAACACCAAUGAGUCCAUUUGUUGGAUUUUCUGAGUUUACAGGAAAGGCAAGUGCUGACCGACAUGGUAGUGCUAUGCAAAGGCCGGGAUCAGCACCUCUUUUAUCGGAUUCACAGAAGCAGAACAGUGAUGGUGGAGCGCGGUCAGUUUCCUUUAAUGAGCAUGCUUCUCCCACAUCUGAUGUUGUUCCUAGCACUGGUCUGGGUUGUUCACAUCUGUGGCUGCAGAGUAGAGUUCCAUUAGGAUGUGUUCCUUCUCAAUCUACAGCUUCCAUCAAGCUUGAGCUACUUCCACUGACUGAUGGUAUAAUUACACUUGAUACCUUACAAAUUGAUGUCAAGGAGAAAGGUCUUACCUAUGUCCCUGAUUACUCACUGAAGAUCAAUGCAACUUCCAGCAUUUCCACAGGUAUUAUAUAGGAUUGAACUAUAACUUCCAUUUUUCACACAUCUUAUCUUGAACAGCGGAAAGAAUUACUCAUCCAGUAAGCAUAUUAGGCUUUGCUGUUUGCCAUCCAAACAACUAGCAUCAAGUACAUUUUUCCUCUCUCUUGAGUGUAGUUGGUAUUGUCGUGUUAAAUUUGUUUUAGAAAUAUAGCUUCACAUUGUGUGUUGUAAACCAUGAACUUGAGAAGGGGAGUUGUUACAUACCCUUUAUAGGAAAAGAAUGUAUGCUUUGUAGAGUAAUUUACUCUCUUGAAAUUUCCCGUUCGAUACUACUGAAUAAAAGCAGAGAAAUUAUUACA